UGCACGUGCAUUCAGAAAUAGUGUGACGCAUGGACCCGGAGCAGCCCUCAUCACACCUCCUAACCUGUGCAUAGCCCACUGUGUGGUAUAUACAUGCAUCAAAGGCUCCGAGGGGCCUCCUAAAACCCCCGUGAAGAUCCUCCCUUGGCUCCAAAGUUUGGGAACCACCUCCCAUCUCCCCUCCCCUCUCACCCACCGAGGCACCGGCGCGCUCAAAAAGCCAAAGCCCGGAGCGCAGCGCAGCGCAGCGCAGCGGACGCCGCACCGCCGGAGCACGAGCGGAGCGCACGCACCGAGGACCAGCGCUGCAUCAGCGGUCAUCACCCGGAAAAGUAGUAGACGGAGAGGAGCCGACUGGAAAAACGGAGCGCCUGUUCGUCCCCCCGCUUCAGCGCCGCAGGGAGGAGACACGCAGCGCAGGAAAGAUUCCCCCAAACGCGGUGAGAGCCUCGGAUGAGGAGAAGAGGAGAGCAGAGGGCAUCGGAUAGCAGCACCGACGAUGGCAGCUCCAGACUUAUUGGACCCUAAAAAUGCCACUCACAACAGCAAGCCCCGCCUCUCCUUCUCCACCAAGCCACUCACACUGACCCCCCGGGAGGAGAGUGAGGUGGUGGCGACAGUCAUGAAGUGGAAGACGGUCACUGCCAUCUUUCUGCUAGUGGUUCUGUACCUGGUGAUGGGAGCUGCCGUCUUCAAAACCCUGGAGCAACCUCAUGAGAGUGCCCAGCGCUUGGCCAUCCUGACCCAGAAGCUGGAGUUCCUGACCAGACACUCCUGUGUGAACCAGAGCCAGCUGGAGGAGCUGGUUAAGCAAGUUGUGUCCGCCGUCCGGUCAGGGGUGAACCCUGCAGGAACGCUGAGCAACCACAGCAGCCUGUGGGACCUGAGCUCUGCGUUCUUCUUUGCUGGGACCGUCAUCACAACCAUUGGUUUUGGGAACAUCUCCCCACACACACAAGGCGGGAGAAUAUUCUGCAUUGUCUAUGCGCUGCUGGGGAUUCCUCUCUUUGGGUUUCUACUGGCCGGAGUAGGAGAUCAGCUCGGCACUAUAUUCGGGAAAGGUAUCGCAAGAGUGGAGAAGAUGUUUGUGCACUGGGACGUCAGCCAGACGAGGAUCCGGGUCAUUUCCACUCUGCUGUUCGUGCUGUUCGGCUGCCUGCUGUUUGUGGCGCUGCCGGCGGCCAUCUUUAAACACAUCGAGGGCUGGUCCGCGCUGGAGUCCCUCUACUUCGUGGUCAUCACCCUGACGACCAUUGGCUUUGGGGACUUUGUAGCAGGUGGGUCCGAAAUCGAGUACUUAGAUUAUUACAAGCCGGUGGUGUGGUUCUGGAUUCUGGUGGGUCUGGCCUACUUCGCUGCCAUCCUCAGUAUGAUCGGAGACUGGCUGCGCGUCAUCUCCAGGAGGACCAAAGAAGAGGUGGGAGAGAUCCGCGCCCACGCCGCAGAGUGGACGGCCAACGUCUCCGCCGAGUUCAAGGAGACCCGGCGACGCGUCAGCGUGGAGAUCUACGACAAGUUCCAGCGCGCCGCCUCCAUCAAGCGCAAGCUGUCGUCGGAGCUGGGAUUCAGCCCCGCGCCCGAGGUCGCGCCGCCCAAGAGGACGGUGUCGGUCAACUUCAGCGACGAGAAGGAGGCCGGGCUGCAGGGCCCGACGGCGCCGCUGGCCAGAAACGGGGUGUUCGUCAACGGUUUGGACCCAGAGAGAGGAGAGCGGGGCGUCCCGGAGCAGCUCAAGUAGAAACAUGGGCCUCAACCUUCAAGGACGGAAGGCCCUUAUCUGUGCCAUCAAUGCUGAGAGCGAAUGGACUUAAACCCAGUGAUACGAGAACAAGGGACACUGGUUAAACCUGAAGACUAAAGACACGUUGGAAUAUAGGCUCAUCAACUGCUGGACUGCUGAAGAUAUUUUUUCUACAUACCUCUCAGAAUGUUACAGUAUUGAGUGACAUGAGAAGUCACAUGAAUGCCUAAGGUGCCUGUUUGUGAGAAAUGUCAACAUCCGCUGCGAUGGCGGCAGCUUCUGCUCAUCAGUGCUACAGACUGAUGAGCUGCGAACUCUGAGGACCGGACCGAGCAGGUCCUGUCCAUCUGUGCUACAUCAGAACCAUUUAAAGCGGAGAUUAGAACUCAUGUACUGCACAAAUACUGUCCAGUAUAGAAGUAAUUUGAUAUUCUAGUAAUCUCUGAAUUGAUUCAUUUUGCUAAUGAUGAAUAUUUACAUGAUGAUUUACAUGAUGAUGUUUUUUCACUAUUUUAUAUUAUUGAUCAUAUUCUGCAAAGUAACUAGUAACUAUAGUUUUCAUCUAAAUGAGUAAAAAUAUCACAUUUGCCUCAAAAAACUAUGUGAAGCAUCAAAACUGUUCUUGACAUUGACACUGAAUGUCCAACAUCUCAAACUCAGCAUUUACUUACAUUUUUCUCAGUGUUUAGUUUUAACACUAUGUUUUUUGUGGACCAUAGUCCCAUCUACAGGGUCUACUUACAUAUUUAUUUUAGUAUUUGCCAAAUGUUCUUCAUUAACAUUCAUGUGAAUCAUUGAAAGAUCAGAUGAAAAACCCCUUUGGUUUGUAACAGGUGCAUAAAACACCGUCUCACAAAUGCUUUGUUAAAAGCUGCAUGUUCCCGUUUCCCUGAAUGUUCUAUGCAAAGCAACAGACGAGUCCGUUCUUUGGUCUGGAGUCUGAUGCUGCGGUUUCUUUACUGCGACUGUAGUUGCUUCUGUACUGUUCUUACCUUAGCACUCAGCGUUUCACAGAGGGCUUCAUUACGGCACAUGCAAAAUUUGCCAUCUUCUUUUCUCAGUUUUAGAGGAGAGGCAGAUGGAAGCUCGGAGAGGAGAGGCCAAACUGAAACAGUCAAAGUCAUUAACCCACACAGACAGGGCAUCAUCAUCAUCAUCACCAUCAUCAUCAUCGUCAUCAUCAUCAUCAUCCAUCAUCAACCAUGAUGAUGGUGCUUUGUGCUGUAGGUGACGCUGCUGCAUCCGUUGAAGUGCUUUAAAGUCUCUUUGUGGCCUCUGAGGAUAAAGAGGUUGUGAUUUUCUAAGUGUAACAGUUUGGUUUAGUUCAGCUGAGGUCAACGAGGUGACAGAUGAGAGUGGUCUUUCACGUCUACUGCUCUGAUGCACUUUGACGUAAGCACCUUUGGACGUAGCAACACGCUUCAGUUUCCAAAGCUACGGGUCCAAACAGUUUAACAAAGAACAGACUGUGGGGACUGAACCAAGGUUCCGCUUGAAACUGAUGACUUUGACUUAUGUCUGUUGUUUAGCUCAUUAACCAAGACGUGACAUUUUUAGCUGUGCUAAAGUGAAACUAACUUAUUCUGUUAGACGUAUUAAUGGCUUCUAUGACUGACCAUAAAACUGUAUUUUUCUACACUGUGUGUUUGUAUCACUACGGUAUUUCUGCACUGAAAACAUCUUAAUUCUAGUAAUAUCUGUAGAGCUGUUCUAAACACGAUGUAACAAAAGUUUUUGUACCAUAUAUAAAAAAUAAAAGACGCUUGAUUCAUUUGUCA